AUGGACGAAUUAUUGAAGCUUAAGCGGAAGUUGGCAAUUGAAAAUAAUAAUAAUAAUGUUAAAAGAGGUGAUAUGGAUCCAACUGAAGUGGAUUAUUCUUUGCUCGAGGACAAAAUCGAUGACAAGGUUCCUAAAAGAGGUGACAUUGUUACCAGAAACAAAAGGUCUGAUGAUUAUGAUGGUGAUGAUGAUGAUGAUGAUUAUUAUUAUGAAGACGAUGAUGACCUUUGGGGGUUUGGUGAGAAUGACGGUCUGGAUCUGAUCAAUGAAGAGUAUGCUAAUUUAGAUCAGCCAGCGAUGGAAUUCAGGAAGAAAGAAACCAUAGAGGUACCGAAGGUCAGGGAAGAAGAAUUAGAGAGGAAGUUAAGAGAUUACAUUGCUAGGAAUCGUCCGAUUAACUUGAGGAAUAGAAAGGUUGAUCGGAAGGAGCAUGAGGCCAUGCUCAGAAGGUUAAACGAACUUCCUGUGGCUGCGAAGAUUGUUAUCGAUCAGCCGAAGUUUCAAUCAAGGAAUGAUUUUGAACGUGAUGUUGAUUUUCCUGAAAUAAAUCCAAGCCACAAAGGCAUUCAAGUGAAGAAUUUUCCAGUAUCACGACGACCGUCUCACCCGAAAAAACCCCCACCAGAAGCCUGUGUGUGGGCUAUAGUUCAAUGCUGCCCUCGUUCGGGAUCAAAGGACGUUGAUCGACAGGUGGUCGCUUGCUUCGAGUACAUGGCUUGUCCAGGUGUCGCUAAUUGGAACUCCGAUCUCUGUCGAGGACCUUUUGCUAGUGCCGCCAGGGCGGAGAUUAUCAAAACUUAA